AUGUCCGUUAACGACAGUAUAGAUCCUCGAUUCCUUUACCAUGUGGAAGAUGAAUCUUUGCAGCAGUUCCGUGUCGGAGAGUCCGCUCACAAGAGCAGCGAGCUCGAGACCGUCGGCGAUCGCCACCGUUUCGUAAUUUCCGGAACCCAGCAAAAUUUCGGUGGAAAUAGAACUGAGAAGAGAUAUUCCGAUGGAGAUGACGACGAGGAUGACAUUUGUGUCCGAACACGUAGUAUUGAUUCCGGUAAUAAUCGCAGCUCUGUAGCUGCAGAAACCAACAGAGAGAGCAAAGUUCCAGGUUCAGUUGGUUGGGAACUGGUUGUGAGAGACGACGAGGAGGAUAAGUCACCGACUGAUCCCCAUGAAAUGGAUUUGAAAGUGAGGAUCACUAAUCCAGAUGGUAAAGUAUCUAAUUCCCACCAUAACAAGCAGGCAAAGAGAGAUUCUGCUUCUGUGGAGAAAGAUAGAGUCACUAGUAUCAGCUCUUGGGAAACUCUCAAGUCCACCCUCUCUGAUCCUGUCACAGGAGCCUUGAUGAAUGAUGCUACGAUACUACCUUGUGGACAUUCUUUUGGAGCCGAGGGACUCAAAGAAGUUAAAAGAAUGAAAGCAUGUUUCACAUGUUCCCAGCCUACUGUAGAAGGAUCAGAAAAGCCAAAUCUAUCUCUCAGAAUUGUGGUUCAUGCUUUCCGUCAAGAAGAAGAAUCAGAUCAUAUCCACCCGCUCAAGCGAAGGAAAGAUAAGUCGGAUCAGCAAAAGAGAACUUUCUGUGUUCCAAACAUGACGGAAACUCCCAAGAGUAGUAGUAGAGGCAUACAAUUUCCUUUCUCCAUUGGUGAUCGAAUUAUCAUAGAGGGAAACAAAAGGACGCCUCCACGGUUUGUUGGACGCAAGGCUGUUAUAAUGACCCAAUGCUUAAACGGAUGGUACGUUGUGAAGACAGUGGACAACGCAGAGUCUAUUAAGUUGCAACAUUGCUCACUUGCCAAGAUUUCCGACAAUUCGCCUGCCAAGGUAACAAUAGCUGAAAUGGCGCCGUCGUGGCUCUAG